AUGUGCACCCAAACGAAAGCGGCUGUCCGCAUGGUAAACAUCCCGCAGGCAGACAUCGAUCCUUCCGGCGUGUUUAAGUACGUCCUCAUCAGAGUGCACAGCAGAGAGGAAGAAGACGACACGGAAGUAGAUAUAGUCCGUGGAUACGGCUGGGGAGAGUACCACGCGGAUAUCUACGACAAGGUUUCUGAAGAGCUCGAGAAGGAUGGACUCCUGGACUGCGAGUGUAUCGGAGGAGGUAGGAUCAGACAUGAUGCCCAGGCUAAGAAGAUCCAUGUUUACGGCUACUCUAUGGGGUUCGGAAGAGCAAACCACGCAAUAACCACUGAGAAACUGAAGGUCCGGUAUCCAGACUAUGAGGUGACCUGGGAUAACGAAGGAUACUGAAAUGAACUGCAACCAAAAUAUGAUAGACACCCCUUCGCUUCAUUGGAGUUUAACACCAUCAUCAGAGACCGUUUUCAUCAGCAGCCUUUUUCGGUGCCACAAUUAUAUCCACACACUACUAUUAAGUCUUACUUAUGUCACCAAUUAAUAAAAUUAAGUCACUUCUCGCAGGUGGAGUGGUGGACGAGUUACUGUCAAGAGAAAAUGGAUGGAUGGAAGUCUCGUCUUACUUUUUUGUGCCACAUGAUGGCAGUAGUGACAUUUAAAGAUAAGAUUAAUACAAUGGAUUAUUUAAUAAAAAUACUGCUUCAGUAUGGACAUGGAAAGUCAAUAUAUUGAACAUAGUUUUAUAUACAUACCAAUUUGAUUGGCAUUCAAAUUGAGCUUUAUUGUCCUGGACAAGGCAGCAUUUUUGAUGCAGCUCUUGUAUUGGAUCUCAUUGUAUGGUGCUCAUGUCCUGUAACUAAUGUGGACACUUACACUAACACCAUGGAUUUUAAAAAAAAAUAAAAAAUCAUUUACGUGUAUUUUCACCUUUAAUUUAGUUUGGUAAAAAAAAAAAAAAGUAUGACUAUUUAUGGACGCACACUGACAAAGAAAUCAUGUUUUUUUUUUAGGAGAAGAGGGGUAAAUGAUGUCAAUUUAAACACAUUUUAAUCAUGUGCAACCGAUGUACAGUUCGGCGCUACAUCUGUAAGUGCAACUUGAAACUCUACUAUGCAAAGCAAAAGCCAUUUAUCGACAACGCCCAGAAACACUGCCGGCUUUUCUGGGCCCGAGCUCAUCUAAGAUGGACUGAUGAAAAGUGGAAAAGUGUUCUGUGGCCUGACAAGUCCACAUUUCAAUUUUCGUGGCUUCGUAGUAAAAGAGUGCAGGUACUAGACUGGCCCGCCUGCAGUCCAGACCUGUCUCCCAUUGAAAAACUGUGGCGCAUUAUGAAGCGCAAAAUACAACAACGGAGACCCCGGACUGUUGAACAGCUGAAGCUGUACAUCGAGCAAGAAUGGGAAAGAACUCCACCGACAAAGCUUCAACAAUGAGUGUCCUCAGUUCCCAAACGUGUCACUGAUGGUGUAGUGGUACACUCGCCUGACUUUGGUGCAGGCAGUGUGGGUUCAGUUCCCACUCAGUGACGGUAUGAAUGUGAGUGCGAAUGGUUGUCCGUGUCUAUAUGUGCCCUGCGACUGACUGGCGACCAGUUCAGGGUGUAGUCUGCCUUUCGCCCGAAGUCAGCUGGUAUAGGCUGCAGCGCCCCGUGACGACCCUAACCAGGAUAAGCGGUGUUGAAAAUGGAUGGAUGGAGUUCCCAAAUGUUGUUAAAAGAAUAGGUGCUGUAACACAGUGGUAAACAUGACCCUGUCCCAGCUUUUUUGGAAUGUGUUGCAGCCAUGAAAUUCUAUGUUAAUGAUUAUUUGCUAAAAACAAUAAAGUUUUAUCAGUUUGAACAUUAAA